AUGAUGAAGAAGCUAAAUGGAACAAACAUUAGAGGACACGGCGAUACUGAAGCAAACAAAGAUGCUCAUGUUGUAGAACAGCAGCAGAAUGGAAAUGAAGAUGCGAAAUAUCAGUGGAUCAAGGAAAAAUCGACAAGCAUGAUAGUGCGUGAGUUGACAAUUGGAUCGAAAGUUUUAACCAAAAAGCAGUUGACAGUGAAAAAGAUGGAGGCAAAAGCAGAGUCGACGAAGCCGGUUGAUGGAGAGUUGACGUGUAAUUUAGCAAGAGAAAGUGAGGCAAAGCAAUUGAUAAGAGGCAAAAGCUGUUUACUGCAAUCACGAAAGACAGAAAAACGGAAAAUCAAAGUGCGUGAUACGUUGGAUGGCACGACAAAACGAGGUUGGUUUGACGCAGACACGACAGACGGCGGCGUUAUUAGUCUAGACGGAUCAUUUUACAAACAAGAUGUGGGGAAGACCAUGCAGACUUUACAUAAGAGUGAUGACUAUAUGAUGACAAUAGGAGCUCGGUAUUAUGGUGGUUAUGUGGAAGAGAGAAAGAAAGAUGUGGAAUGUAGUCGAUUGCCACCGAAUUUUCUGAUGAAGCCGAAGCAGAGGGACGUGAUAAUUUCUGUGCUGAACGAGUCCGAGUACUGGAUGGCAGUUGACAGAUUCUCACACCUAACGUAG